GUAGCUCCAGCGCGGCAAACGCACUUGCAGCGGCACACUGGAAUGGGAACUUAGUUUGCCGUCUCGCUGUUGACAUAGGUGGGACCUUCACAGAUGCGGUGCUGGAAGAUGGUGAAGAAGUCACACAGCGAUAUCCAGUUAAGGUACUGACAACUCUUGAAAGUCCUGCGAAGGGCUUGCUGGAUGCUGCGCUGCGAGCUGUUCGUGCUGGGGGGCGGGAGCCACAGCAGGUCAGACUGGUUCUUCAUGGCACAACACUAGCAACAAACGCUGUCUUGGAGAGAAAGGGAGCCAAAGCAGCUGUCAUUGCCACCAAAGGCUUCAGGGAUGUCUUGGACAUUGGAACCGGCGGUCGCUACGAUCGGCAGAACCUCAAAGCCAGAACGGCCGCUCCCCUGAUACCUCGGUUUCUGUGCUUCGAAGUUUCACAGCGUCACAGCGCCGACGGUACAGAGCUCGAGUGCCUCAAUGAAGCCGAGCUCGAAGCACUUGCACCUGAACUUCGAGCACUUGGGGUGGAAAGUGUUGCAGUCUGCUUUUUGCACAGCUACGCGAACAACAGGCAUGAGGAAAGGGCCGUGGCUGUUUUGAGGCCUUUGCUGCCUGAUGUCUGGAUUUGUGCCUCCAGUGCAGUAAGUCCCGAGAUACGCGAGUAUGAACGGUUCAGCACUGCAGCUGCCAACGCGUAUGUCCAGCCCUUGAUGUCACGGUACUUGCGGCAGGCACAGACCCUCUUGGUGGAACAUGGCUUUGCUUGCCCAUUGCUUCUAAUGACCUCUGGUGGUGGACUGAUGGAUGCUGAUACAGCGGCGCUCUUCCCAGUUCGUUUGAUCGAGUCUGGGCCUGCAGGUGGCGCAGUCCUAGCCGAGCAGGUAGCUCGAGAGGCCAAUGCACCAGAAGUGUUGUCCUUAGACAUGGGAGGCACAACGGCUAAACUUUGUGCCAUCUCGAAGGGCAGAGCUGCCGUGACUCGCGCCUUUGAGGUUGACAGAGCGCGCCUAUUCAUGAAGCAUUCUGGGCUGCCUUUGCAGAUUCCCUGCAUCGACCUCGUGGAGAUCAGUGGGGGCGGCGGGAGCAUCGCUACGAGAGACGGGGUGAGUUUGAGAGUCGGGCCUCAGUCGGCAGGUUCAAACCCAGGCCCUGCUUGCUACGACCGUGGCGGAGUCCUUCCAACCGUCACAGAUGCAGACCUGAUUCUGGGCCGGCUGGAAGCAGGUUCUCUUGCUGGUGGCGAAGUGGACCUCAAAACCCGUGCAGCCCAAGCUGCUCUGCAGACCCUUGCUGGCGAGGAGCAGAUUCCGAUGGAAAAGCUUGCUCAGUACGUGUCCGAAGCGGUGGAGGAUUCCUUGGCUACAGCCGCGCGGACACAUGCAGCAGAGCAUGGCCUCGAGCUUCAAUCGCAUAUUCUUCUCGCCUACGGCGGGGCAGCUCCGCUGAGGGCCGCUCAACUUGCGGAAAGAUUGGGUGUUAGGACCGUUUUGGUCGCUCCAGAUGCAAGCGUUGGCAGUGCAAUCGGCUUUUUUUCGGCUCCACUCGCCUUCGAGGCACUGGAGAGUUGCGCCAUGCAGCUCAGAGCGUUUGAUCACUCCAAGGUCAAUUUGAUUUUUCGACAGCUGUGGCACCGAACAGUCUCAGUCGUGGCAGCGGGUGCUGCUAGAUGGAAGCCAGGCAGGCCACCCAAGGAACGCCGACGUGCCUAUGCGCGCUACGUAGGUCAAGGUCACGAGGUUGCCCUCGAGCUGCCCAAUCGGGACAUGGGCCCAGAGGAUGCGGAGCACCUACUUCAAGAGUUUGAAGCUACAUACAAGCGCCUUGGGUUCUUUCUUUUGCCAGGCCAUGAAGUCGAAGUACGCGCCUUUGCUUUGGAGGUGGUGGCGGACGCUGAUCCACUUGCAUGGCCACGAGAAAGGCUCCGAAAGAAGCGCAACAUAGAGGAAACAUCACUGCUCUCAGAACUUGACAGUUCAAGCCCUGUUGCAAAGCCAAAUGGCAGCCGGCGAGUUUAUUGUUGUCGCACCUCCAAGUACCAGACAGUACCAACCUACCGUCGGGAUGACCUCCGUGUCGGCGAGCGGAUCAUAGGACCAGCCAUCAUCGUCGAGGCAUACACGACAACCGUCGUCACAGAGUGCUUUGAUUGUUGGGUUUUGUCUAACAAGUUCCUGCAACUCCAAAGUCAAGCUGACAGAUUUCGACAAGCUUCCCCCGAGAGACUUGGCUCGACCUCGCCUGCGCAACGUGAACUUGAGUUCGAGCUAGCUUGGACAAGGCUCUUGUCAAUUCUCGAGGAGCAGGCACACUUUGCCCUUCGUGGGGCUUUCUCAGCUGUACUGCGAGAGUCAUUCGCUGUGACGUGUGCAGCGUUUGAUGCGAAUGGGCCUGGAAUCCCAGCUUUGAUCUGCGUUGUUUCACGGUUCGUUGCUUCAUCCGGGGCCCAAGGAUUCAUUGCAUCUGCAGCCUAUGUGCCGGAAGUGAUGCAAGACUGCAAGGUAAGUGUAACCCUGAAGGAUGAAGGAGUGUUCCAUGGGCUUGCGUUGCCAGCCUCGCUGAAUCAGGAAGCCUCUGUGCUGCUUGCUUCCAAUGGCUUGGGAAUUCGACGGCUGAAGCAGCUCCUGCAAGAAGGGAACAUCGAUUUGAAGCUGCUCAGUGACCAUAUCGGGCGAAUCUCGCAGGCGGCUGUCUUGAAGAAGCUGAGCCAAGAGCAGCUUCAGGAGAAGCUGUAUUGUGGCCGCGAGGUUGUUCUUCCAGCAGUAGAGGAGGGCAGUUCUGAACAACGAGUUGAGCUGAAAGCCUGUAUUCAUCUGCUGGCAUCGGAUGUUUUGGAGUGCUCGCUCUCUACUGAAGCUACAGUGGGGCCUGCUGCAGAGGGACAGUUAUUGGGAUCCUCAGCUACAAACUGCCGGGCCUUUGCGCACUUCGCUCUUUUGACCUUGUUCGGGCCCACCGAUGUUUCGGCCAACCAUGGUUCGCUGAGCGUCUUUAGAGUGAACGUUCAGCCUGAAUGUCUCUUGGACGCGCCGCGGGAGAAGCAACUUCCAGAUGCUGCCGCCCUCGCUUAUCAUGUGCCGGAUUUGAUUUACGGGUGCUUUGCAUCCGCUUCACACCAAACGGGCUCCACAGAGCUCACUGCCGAAAGCUCAGCAAGCCUGUGUUGCUUGCAAUGGACCGGUGCAGUCAGGGGCAUGGGCAUCCACAUUGAGGCUGGAGGGACGGGUGCACUGGAAGAUCAAGACGGCUCCAGCGCCACAGUUUUUCCCAGUGGCUUCAGAUCUACUCCAAUAGAAGUGACGGAGCAGUCUGGUGUUGUCUUCAGGCACAGGGAGCUCAUGCAAGAUUCCGGAGGCGCUGGAUGCUUCCGUGGGGGCCUGGGCGUGGAAUUAGAGGUCUCUGUCCCCACCUCGGUUUCCUUUAGAUGUCUGCAGCUUCGGGAUGAUGGGCCUUGCGGAAGGGUCGGCGGCAAGGCUGGUGUAGCCGGCGCUUGGUGUGAAUCUGGAGAUACCCUCACCAUCAAGACUGCUGGUGGAGGUGGCUUCGGGCAUCCGACCAAGCGCUCGCGAACUGCAGUUCUCCAUGACGUGCGCAAUGGGUAUGUCUCGCACGCAGCGGCUGUGUCAGAAUAUGGGUUGGAAACAGAGCAGCUGGACAGCGGAGUGCAUUAG